AUGAUGCCUGAGGGAAGAAACUCCGUAAAUAUUGCUAAGCCGAUGCAUAUGGGUCAUUUUCGCGCCACUGUUUUGGGGAAUUUUGUUAAGAACAUCAAUCUUGCUGCUGGAAACAAAGUCACUGGAAUAAAUUAUUUAGGCGACUGGGGUACUCAGUUUGGUUUACUCUCCCUUGGAUACAAAAAUUAUGGAGAUGCUCGUCUCCUUGAAGAAGAUCCAUUAAAGCACCUGCAUUCGGUCUACGUGCGGGCUUGUCAGACGUUGGGCUCCACAGAGGAGGGGAAGGCGAUGGCUUCAGCGCUGGUCACUGAGCUGGAGAGGGGUCAACGGCCCGAUCUUGCUGACCUUUGGUGUAAAUUCCGCGCCCUUAGUCUGGAAGAUCUCCAACGUGUCUACACUCGAAUGAAUGUUUACUUCGACCAUUACGAAUACGAAUCAGACUUUGUAACAGCUGCAAUACAACUGGUCGAACACCUCAUUAAGCGGCGCAUCGCACGAAGGGAGGCUGACGGUUCGGUUACUGCUGGUUCCUAUGAGCCGGGAAAAAGGGUGACCCUCUUAAAGAGUAAUGGAGGGACUCUUUAUCUCACACGUGAUCUAGCAGCAGCCAUUUCUCGUGCCAAUCGUUACAAUUUCGACAGAAUGCACUAUAUUGUGGAAGAUGGCCAACGAGAGCACUUCUUGAAUCUGGCUCAUUUACUCACCCACCUUUGCUAUGAUUGGGCCAAAGCCAACGCAUCUCCAUGGCCACUUCACGUGCGUUUUGCACGAGUCAAUGGGGCUAGUUCUCGUCGCGGAAACGGUCUCUUCCUCAGAGACAUCUUAGAUGCUGCAAAGCAGGAGGCUCGGCGUAGAAUGCUCCAUUCGCCGAACACGCGGAUCAUACCAAGUGACGGAGUGAUCUUUGAGAGUGUCGCCGACCAUCUAGGUGUUACGUGGCUGGUGGCGGAGAUGCUGCGGCGGCCGCGUCUGCAACCCGUGUACCUUAAUUUGCGUUGGCAAGGCGACCAGCUGUGCCUGCACAGUCGUGCCUACUCUGUCGAUGAGGCGCCAGACCUCACGGGUCUUGGGCUGCAGUAUUGUCACGCUCGGCUCUCCAGUCUGGAGGAAAAAGCGAUUGCAAGGGGUCUUUUAGGCAACGGUGAUGCUGAAACCAUAAAUUCACAACUCCUCCACGCCCUCAAUAAUGUUCCCCCACACCGCGUUUCACGGGAGACCGAAGAGGAGAUCUGUGGUCAUCUUGCACUCUUGCCUGAUGCAUUAACAUACGCUUAUAUCAAAUACGAGGCCGAUGGGUUGCUGCGCUACUGCUCACGUCUAACCUCUCUCAUUAAUCGAGCUUGGCGGUUUCUUCCCGUUUUGACAGCUGAAUCGGAAGAGCUCGCUUUGUCACGGAUAGCAAUAUUUCGGAUGGCUCGCAAUACGCUGGGCACCUGUCUGUCCAUCCUGGGCACAAAACCUCUGCUGAGAUUGUAG